ACAAGAGAAUUUGUAUUCCAUAAUUCUCUCAUAGGUACAAGCCUAGGAUGUUGAACGUGUCUUAGCAUAAAUGCAGCACUUGCUUGUAAUACGAACAUAAAUUCCGUAGUUAUGACAGUAAUUUACAGUCAACUGUGAGAAUGUUAUGAUGGUUCGUAGUCCAGAUUAAACGUUCCAGGAAUGACACAUUAUUUGGGGCUUGUGUUGGCUAUUACAUUAUCUUCUGUUCACUUGUCAAGCACUGGAUAUCAGCAUGAUCUAAAGAGGUUUGUUUGGAGUAGUGGGAAAGAUCCUGAUGGAAUAUUCAAUUCGGAUGCCAAAGCUGCUAGUCUAGCCAACCUCGAACCACCCGACUUUGGAAAUAAGGCCUGGACUUAUGAAGGCAAAGAGAAAUUGCUUAAAUCUUCAAAAAAUACUGGUUUUAGUGUUGUUGAAAGUUGGCCAGAUGCAUCAAAGAAACUUGGACAACUCUCAGCUGUCAGUUUUGAUGUUGAUGGUAAUAUUGUGGUGUUCCAUCGUGGAGAUCGUAUCUGGGAUGGCAAUACAUUCCUUACUAACAAUGUGUACAACCAGCGCAUUCUGGGGCCCAUCUCCCAACCUACUGUUGUUGUGUUCAAUGGAUCAUCUGGGCUUGUAGUGGAGGAAUGGGGUAACAAUACAUUCUACCUCCCACAUGGACUUACUGUGGAUAUGAACAACAGUGUAUGGGUGACAGAUGUUGCUCUGCAUCAAGUAUUGAAGUUCCCUCAAGGAGGUGGCACUCCUCUGCUCACUCUUGGAGUUGCCUUUGUGCCUGGCAAUGAUGAUGACCAUUUUUGCAAACCAACUGCUGUUGCCGUCAUGUCCGCUGGAGACUUCUUUGUAUCUGAUGGUUACUGCAACACAAGGAUCAUCAAAUUCAAUAGGGAUGGAAAAUUCCUCAUGCAGUGGGGACGGAAUUCAUUUCAAGCGUAUGGUGUUAGGAUGCCACCUUACGAGUUUUCUGUGCCCCAUGCACUAGCUCUGGCUGAAGAUAAGGAGAUGUUAUGUGUAGCAGACAGAGAGAAUGGACGCAUUCAGUGUUUCAACUGUCACAAUGGAUCCUUCAUAGUGCAGCUCCAUUCGCAUGAGAUGGGCUCUCGAAUAUUCAGCGUGGCAUAUUCCCCUGCACAAGGUGGUCUGUUGAUUGUCGUUAAUGGUCCUGAAUUCCUUGGUGGUGGACUUGUGAGUGGAUUUGUCAUAAGUCUCAGAAGUAAUCAAGUGAUGGAAGCUUUCAGUCCAAAUGGACAGGGAUUCAGCAACCCUCAUGAUGUAGCAGUGAACAAAGAUGGCAGUCAAGUAUAUGUAGUGGAGCUUGACCCUUAUAAAGUAUGGAAGUUUGUGAAAGAGGUCCAUGCUGCCUCCAUCAUCAGGGAGAUGAAUAAACUUCUACCAGACUACAUGAUGCAACAACCCAGAACACAGCCAUCUUCUACAUGAUUAAUGUGUCUUAUGUAAUAGAAACAGGAGUGCACCAACACUAGCCACUGACAUCUGAGAGAAGACCACUAGUGUUCCUGAUGUGUGACCAACUGGUUGCUAAUUGCAGACGUGGAGAAGAAGACUGAAUGCAGCAUGUAAAUUUUCUGUGCCUUUGGAGAGGUGGUGCAGAAGGCAGUUAUGUAACCCAUUCACAGGGGUAUUCUGUGUUGUGCUUAUUGUGUUGCAGGUGUGAUACCAUCUUAAUGUCAGCUAUAUUCACAUUGCAUUAAUAAAAAUGUGCUAACAUGCUGCAGUGACAUAUAUGCCUUAAUAGUGUGAAGGCCACCACUUCUUGAAAUGAGAGUUUGUCAUGUGUGUAUGGCUUUGAGUUGCAAGUACUCUUGGCUUUGGCCGCAGUAUGUCAAUAAUAUGGUUUUCCCCUUUA